GGGGCGGCCGGGAUCGCGGCCUCGAGUGCCCGCUUCGAAGGCGCAACCGGUGCCAGGAACCCCGACUGCCGCGCGGGCCUUCGGCACCCCAGUGGGGCCAGCCUGCAGCGCUGCGACGCCGGGUUGGGGGCGACGAGGCUGCGCUGCCAAAAAGGCGAGCAGUUUGGGAAGGCCGAGGGUCUGGGGACGAAGCGUGGGAGGGGUGGCCCGCGCUGCUUCCUGGGGAGGACACGGCGGGGGGUCACCCGGCUACUGUGGACACGCACAGCCGCUGCCCCUCCCGAGCCAGCCUCGGCGCGGGCUCGUGCGAGCGGCCUUCCCUCCGCGGACUCCUGCGCCCUCCGGCGGCGGCGCGGCGAACGACACUGCUUGUUCCCGCAGGAUGCAAAUAAAGCUUUCUUAUUCAAAAACAGGAAGUGCCUACGGGGGCCGGGAGGCGGCGGAGGCCGGGCAUGAAGCCGGGCGGCACCCGGACUGCGCGCGGUGGCCGCGGCGAUGAGCGACAUAGUGGAGAAGACGCUGACGGCGCUGCCGGGACUCUUCCUGCAGAAACAGCCCGGCGGCCCCGCCUUGUCGUCGCGGCUGGGCAGCCUGGUCCGCGGCAUCACCGCGCUCACCUCCAAGCACGAAGAAGAGAAAUUAAUCCAGCAGGAACUGAGUAGUCUGAAAGCAACUGUUUCUGCUCCUACUACAACUCUGAAAAUGAUGAAGGAAUGUAUGGUGAGACUUAUUUAUUGUGAAAUGCUUGGAUAUGAUGCGUCUUUUGGCUAUAUACAUGCAAUCAAGUUGGCCCAGCAAGGAAACCUCUUAGAAAAAAGAGUAGGUUAUUUGGCUGUUUCCUUAUUUCUACAUGAAAGUCACGAGCUGUUGCUUCUCCUUGUGAAUACAGUUGUCAAGGACUUGCAGAGCACUAACCUGGUAGAAGUAUGUAUGGCACUUACUAUUGUCAGCCAGAUUUUCCCUCGAGAAAUGAUUCCAGCUGUUCUUCCAUUAAUAGAAGAUAAACUUCAACAUUCUAAGGAGAUUAUACGAAGGAAAGCUGUUCUCGCCUUAUACAAGUUCCACCUCAUUGCUCCUAAUCAAGUACAACAUAUCCAUGUUAAGUUCAGGAAAGCACUUUGUGACAGAGACGUUGGGGUUAUGGCUGCUUCCUUGCACAUUUACCUUAGGAUGAUUAAGGAGAAUUCAUCUGGAUAUAAAGACUUGACUGGGAGUUUUGUAACAAUUUUGAAGCAAGUAGUUGGAGGAAAGCUCCCAAUAGAUUUCAAUUAUCACAGUGUGCCAGCACCAUGGUUACAAAUUCAGCUCUUGAGAAUACUAGGACUUCUAGGAAAAGACGAUCAAAGGACAAGUGAAUUAAUGUAUGAUGUUCUUGAUGAAUCCUUACGAAGAGCUGAGUUAAAUCACAAUGUCACAUAUGCUAUUCUGUUCGAAUGUGUGCACACAGUCUAUUCUAUUUAUCCUAAGUCGGAAUUACUUGAGAAGGCUGCCAAGUGCAUUGGAAAAUUUGUUCUGUCUCCUAAAAUAAAUCUUAAAUAUUUAGGGCUGAAGGCUCUCACUUAUGUUAUCCAGCAGGAUCCUACUCUGGCUCUUCAACACCAGAUGACAAUAAUUGAAUGUUUAGAUCAUCCUGAUCCCAUUAUUAAAAGAGAGACUCUGGAACUUCUUUAUAGAAUUACUAAUGCACAGAAUAUAACCGUUAUUGUCCAGAAAAUGCUUGAAUAUUUACAUCAGAGCAAAGAAGAAUACAUUAUCGUCAAUUUGGUUGGCAAAAUAGCUGAGCUGGCUGAAAAAUAUGCUCCUGAUAAUGCGUGGUUUAUUCAGACAAUGAAUGCUGUGUUUUCAGUGGGAGGUGAUGUAAUACAUCCUGAUAUUCCCAAUAACUUUCUGAGACUACUCGCGGAAGGUUUUGAUGAUGAAACAGAAGACCAACAACUAAGACUCUAUGCGGUUCAGUCUUAUCUUACUUUACUAGAUGUAGAAAAUGUAUUCUAUCCACAGAGGUUUCUUCAAGUAAUGAGUUGGGUGUUAGGGGAGUAUUCCUACCUCUCAGACAGGGAAACACCAGAGGAAGUUAUAACUAAGCUCUACAAGUUACUUAUGAAUGACUCAGUUUCUUCAGAAACAAAAGCCUGGUUAAUUGCUGCUGUGACCAAGUUGACAGCCCAAGCACACACUUCUAAUAUAGUAGAGAGAUUAAUCCAGGAAUUUACCAUAUCUUUGGAUACUUGUAUCAGGCAACAUGCAUUUGAAUUAAAACAUUUGUGUGAGAAUGUGGAACUUAUGAGGAACUUGCUUCCGGUGGAUAAGAGUUGUGAAGACAUGGUGGUAGAUGCUUCCUUAUCUUUUCUGGAUGGUUUUGUGGCUGAAGGACUGAGUCAGGGGGCAGCGCCUUACAAACCUCACCACCAACGCCAGGAGGAAAGACUUUCUCAGGAAAAAGUUCUCAAUUUUGAACCUUAUGGACUCUCCUUUUCUUCAUCUGGCAUCACUGGACGACAGUCUCCUGCUGGCAUUUCUCUCGGGUCAGAUAUAUCUGGAAAUAGUGCUGAGGCGGGGCUAAAAGAGACAAAUAGCUUGAAGCUGGAUGGCAUAAAGAAAUUGUGGGGGAAAGAGGGCUAUCUUCCCAAAAAGGAAAGCAAAACUAGUGAUGAAACUGAAGCUUCACCUGUUGCUCAAGAGAGCAUAAUACCAGAGAAUGCAGAUCAAGCUGUAACAAAAAAGGAUCAAUCUCAAGUCCUUACCCAGUCAAAAGAGGAGAAGGAAAAGCAGCUGCUGGCAUCAUCGUUAUUUGUUGGGCUAGGAUCAGAAAGUACAAUCAGUUUGCUGGGGAAAGCAGAUACUGUCUCUCACAAGUUCAGGCGGAAAUCAAAGGUCAAGGAAAGCAAAAGUGGAGAGGCAACCAGCGCUCAUAAUAUGACCUGUUCUUCCUUUAGUUCUUUGUCAAAUGCGGCAUAUGAAGAAGAUUAUUAUUUGAAUACUUUGCAGGAUAAAGGAGACAAAGAAUUAAAGCAGCUCUCUCUGAAUUCAGAACUUUUGGAUUCCGAGUCACUCCCAGAACUCCCCUUAGUUGAGAAACUUUCAAAUUGCAGGCUAUCUGCGUCAUCUUUGUUUGCUGAUGACAACAUGGAAAUUUUUCAUCCUCCUCUAUCUACUGUAGCCUCAGUUGCCGAAGAAAUCUCUUUAGCUUCUUCGUUGUUGGGAGAAACUACUGAAUACAUGCAUUCAGAUUGCGUGGAAGUCUGUAGUGAUGAAACCAUAUCAGUGUCUUCUUAUAAAAUUUGGAGGGAUGAUUGUUUACUGAUGGUCUGGUCGGUUGCUAAUAAGAAUGGUUCAGAAUUGAAAAGUUCUAACAUAGAAAUUCUUCCUGAAGAAAAUUUCAAGAUCACUGAGCAGCCUGGAUGCUGUUUGCCUGCAGUGGAAGCAGAAGGCACCAAAAACUUUCAUUACAGUGUCCAGAUGGAGAAGCCUUGUACAGAAGGAAGUCUCUCUGGUGUUAUAAAAUACCAGAUGAUGGAUACUCAUUCUGUUCAGCUGGAAUUUUCUGUAAACUUAUCACUUUUAGAUUUCAUCAGGCCAUUAAAAAUCUCAACUGAAGUCUUCGGCAAACUGUGGUUAUCCUUUGCAAAUGAUGUGAAGCAAAAUGUAAAACUGUCAGAAUCUCAAGCUGCUCUGCCUUCUGCCCUGAAGACCCUGCAACAGAACCUGAGACUUCAUAUUAUCGACAUUAUAGGUAACGAAGGGCUGUUGGCCUGUCAGCUGCUCCCGUCCGUCCCCUGCUUGCUGCAUUGCCGAGUUCACGCCGACGUGUUAGCCCUGUGGUUCAGAUCUCCCUGCUCUGCUCUUCCCGACUAUUUACUCUAUCAGUGUCAAAAGGUGAUGGAGGGAUCCUAGCAGAAGCUCGCCUUGAUUUUACUCCAUCAAGAUAAAUGGUUUACAUAGUUAAACUUGCUUACCAAAGUACAAAGAACUCAUGGUACUUCUACUGAAAAUAGGGAUUAUUACAAGUCGUGGUUUGUGUGUUUUCUUUAUGGUUCCUGAUCAAGAAAGAUCCCAAGAAACUAUAUCCCUAACAUUUUACUCAGGAUUGUACAGUAUGUUUGGGUCCCAAAAGAGUGAUCCAAGCUAAUGUUAUAAACUGCUAAUGAUUUAUAUAUCACUCAGUGUAGAGGGACUGAAAAUAUUUAUUUUGUUAUAAAUAAUUUUAUAGCAAGUUUACUGUAGUGCUGUCUCACUUGUAGUAAACCAACUCUCAGUUCUCUGCAUUAAUGGAAGAGAGACCUGAAAUUGAUCAACCUAAACUUGACUCAUGUCUGGCUUUAGAAUACUAUGUGUGUUUUUGGUUGGCACGUGAAUACUUUCCAGUGUGUUUUGCUUAGACCAGUGUUGAACUAAGUUGGCAUAGCACACUCUAGCAGUUGUAAGAGAUCCAUGAGCAUGCUGGAUACUGGAGGAUCCAAUCUGUGGUAUAUUUUUUAAAUAGAUAACUCAUUGCACAUAAUUCCAAAUCAUUUGGCUUUAAAACUUAUCUGUUUUCCACUUGCAUUUAUUUAAAAAUUCAAAGUGAAUGACUGUAUUUUUAUUUUUAAAACUCAGAGUUAUUUAUAAAAUAUUCUCAUAUAGUAACAAAACCCAUAGGAAGUGCACAGUACCAAAGCAAACAGAAAAGGAAAAAGCAAACAAACAGAAAAAGGACUAUUUAGUGUUGACAUAUCUUAGUUACCUCUUAAGUCAAGUCCUGUUGGCAAAAUAAAAUCUGUGAUGUGACUGUAAAUGGCAAAAAACUAUCUUCCCUGACUUUUGGAUCCAUAUAAUGGAUAUAACUAAAGCAAUGACUUGAGUAUUGUUCAAGUUCUUCAGUAAAAUAUUUUAAUGUUAUAGUUGUGCCUAUAUAUGCCCUUGGUCAGAACUAUUAUCAGGAAAAGAGGUUAAGCUAAAUAUGAAUGAUGGACCAAAAUCCCGAGACUUCAUUAACUGAAACAGUAUUUUAUAAAAACCUUAUGGUGCUGUGGAAAAUAUUUAUUAUUUUGCAUUUUCUGACACGUCACCAUGGAGACUAUUCAGGUAAAUACAGUUCUAAGUCAUUGCAGUUAAUACUCUGGCUAAUUGGUACUAUUUAUCACUUGGGUCAGGAAUUUAGGUUAGCACAUUCAUUAUAGUUGAUAGAGAUGCUAAGGGGAUUCCCUAGUUAAUAGAUCUCGUUAAUCAUUUGUGUCUAGAGUAGUCUUCUCUAAAAAAUGGAAGGAUUUUUUUCUUGAUUAAUUUUUAAGUUACUCAUUAAAAAAAGUUAUAUCUUGUUAAUUUUAUUCUUUCAAGAACAUACAGUAAGACCUUGCUACAAGAGCAGUGACUGGAAUUUCCUGCAUAAUAGGUUGCUGUGAAUGGAUCAGAACCGUCCUCAGGGUCCCAGCACUAUCAUGAGGAAAGGAAUGUGCUGAUCCAGGGGUGUGGUGGACACUGGUAGCCUGCCUCGUCUGCUUCCUUUUUAUUCCUACCUCUGUCAGCAGCAGCCCCUGCCUCUUACCUGGUUCUGCAUUUAGACAGAGAGGAAGUGCCUUCUCACGUUCUGAAGGAAUGCAGCAUGUAGCAAAGGAGGUGCUCUGAUUUUUUGUGUCCUUACUUCCAUGUGUUUGCAUGAUCACUGAGGCUGGUUGUGUGUGGAAUGACGGGUAGAAGAUGCUUAGCAAGCACAUGGGCAGCUACUGGGGGGAGAGAUUACAAAGAGCUUCCUCCUGCUUUGUUGCACAGGGUGUUGGUGAGUGUUAGCAGCAGUUGGCAGGAGAGUCAUGCCAGGCACAGAGCUGUUGAUGGUAGGAGAUGCGAAGUGGUAGGUUUAGGGCUGGGAGCAUGAUUUAGGGUCUGCCAAGUGGAACAUGGUG